CAGCUGACUGUCGAAGCGGUUGGUGCACAAUGAAAAGAGUGACUGUUUUGUUGUUUUUGUGCCAUUUUUUUGUGGAUAAUGGUACGGCGGAACACGAGAGAUACAGAAGAACGUUACACGGCUACGCCGACCCGCCGCAGGGACUAACGAGGACAGUUAUUAUCGACAGAGAUGACGAACUGUCACAAUCCCAUAAUAUACAAAAAAGAUCGACGGGGUCUUCCGCGAACAGCACCAUAGUUCCGAAGAUAAACCAUCUGAACGACACCCAUAAGCAGCUCAUGGUACAUUGGGUGGGUGAAGGCAGCAACGUCAUCAUAUGUCUGGCACGAGACCCCACUCCAGCCCUAAUUCCGGGUUUAAUGCCAGCAAAUGUAGGCCCUUCAGCUGUGUACAUCUCCUACGACUACGGCGACACCUACAACAACAAAACCGAACUCUUCAAGGUCUCGGACGGGCCACCCGCGACCUACGCCACCUUGGAGAAGUUCUACAACCACCCUAAGUACAACACUCACUUUGUGUUCGCCGAUGUCAAAAACAAUUUACUUUUCGUUACGACCAAUCACGGACGAGAUAUUAAAAAAAUCAAGUUGGAUUUUACUCCGAGUGAGGUGUCGUUCCACGAACUCGAACCAUCUGUGUUUGUGGUUUUGGAUAAACACGAUUCUUCGCAUAAAUUAUGGGUGACCGAAGAUUUCGGGAAUACUUUCAAACAGACGCAGAAUUUCGUCAAGAGUUUCUAUUGGGUGAAAGAGAGCGACUUCCGCCAUACUUUGGUCGUGCAACGGAUGGAACCCAGCGGAUACAACGCCAUCUUGUAUUCGAACGAUUUGUUUUCAAACCGGUCUGUUAUGGUACAGGCUACGGAUAUCAAGGAUUUUUACGUCAAAGGAGACUACCUUUUUACUACGAAGUCGUCGUCUAAAGGGGCUUUGGAGUUGUACGUGUCUUACAAACUGGGAAAGAAGGUGAAGUGUGUUUUCGACACGCAACUGGAAAUCAGGAGUUAUUUUAUCGUUGACGUCACAAGUAAUAGAGCGCUUGUGACGAUCAGCCAUUCAGACACGGUUUCACACCUGUAUGUUUCGGAAAAUCUGGACAGUGGAAAUGGGAUUGUUAAGUUUACUUUGUCUUUGGAAAAUGUGCUGUGCUAUUUUCCGAAUAGCACGUGGCACGACACGUGGAUACAUCACGUGUCCGAGGACGCCUUUGCCGACGUCUACAAAGUCGAGGGUCUCUCAGGCAUCUACAUCGCCUCCCGAGUCUUAACUAAACCCCAAGGCAACAACCUCGGCCCCCAACACUUGGGUUCGGUUAUAACCUUCGACCAUGGUCGCUCCUGGCGCUUGAUCGUCGCCCCCGACCGAGACGUCGAAGGCCAGCCCAAUUCCUGCUCAGUCUAUAACAACUGCUCACUUCACUUAAGUCAAAAGUUUAGCCAGCUUUACCCGGACACUCGUUCCAUCAGUAUUCUGUCGAGCAAGUCCGCCCCUGGUAUAAUCAUAGCGACCGGUGUUCUGGGGAAGUCCCUGAAGGGUCAUUACGGGGUCUACAUUAGCAACGAUGCCGGGUUGACCUGGAGGCAGACGUUGCGCGACUUGUUCUUUUUCAAUAUGGGCGACCAUGGUGGUAUUUUGGCAGCUGUCAAGUAUUUUAAGCUGAGGGGCGAGACGAGGUAUAUUUUGUACUCGACGGACGAGGGGGAGGAGUGGCAGCAGGCGGAAUUUCAUAGUGAGGAUAUUAGGUUGUACGGGCUGAUGACUGAGCCGGGGGAGAACACGACGGUGUUUACCAUGUUUGGGUCCCUGCCGGAGGAGCAUCAGUGGAUUAUUGUUAAAUUGGAUUUGAUUAAGGCGUUCAAGUAUAACUGCUCGAAGGACGACUACAAAACCUGGUCACCCAGUCAGAUCAGCGGCAAUCGCAGCUACAUCCCAUGCGUUUUGGGCCAACAGCUAACUUACCAGCGUCGAAUGCCCCACGCCAACUGCUACAACGGUGAAGACUUCGACGCCCCCAUCUCGAUGAUGCCUUGCGGCUGCGAUUUCUACGACUACGAAUGCGACUUCGGUUUCACCCGGUCGGAAACCCCUGGACACUGCGUGCGGAACACCACCAUCCUGGGCGACCCAUACAAAGUACCUCUAACUUGCAAACCCGGCAAGUUCUACAAGCGCACAAAAGGUUAUAGGAAGAUCCAAGGGGAUGUUUGUAUCGAUGGUUUCGAAAACCAGUACAUGCCGGAAGAGGUACCUUGUCCCUUUGGCGAGGUACAAGAAUUCUUGCUUUUCGCCCAACGGGAACGGAUUAGUAGAUAUAAUUUGGUAACGCGGACUCUGGAAGAAUUACCGGUGAAGAAAUUGAAGAAUGUGAUUGCAAUUGAUUUCGAUAUGAAGAAUAAUUGUGUGUAUUGGGCCGACAUCGCGCUGGAUACGAUCGGGCGCCAGUGUUUGAAUAGCAGCGAGUCGGAGAUUUUAGUUUCAAGUGAUUUGGCGUCAAUCGAAGGCUUGGCCUUGGAUUGGAUUUCCAACACUUUGUACUUCGUGGAUGGGAUGCGGGCCAAGAUCGAGUUGAUUCGCACGGAUAUUAAUCACAGUGGAAGGAUGAGGCGCACGAUUUUAAAACCCAACGAUUUGAAGAAACCCAGAGGUAUCGCGUUACAUCCCAAAGCGGGCUACAUGUUCUGGACUGACUGGUCAGUCGAAGACCCGUCCGUCAAUCGCGCUGAAUUAGACGGUACCAACAUCAAGAAACUCUUCGCGAAACCACGGGUGGAGUGGCCUAACGGAAUCACCAUUGACUACAUCGCGGAACGAAUCUACUGGGUGGACGCCCGACAAGACUAUAUAGCGAGUAGCGACCUCCACGGCGACUAUUUCAAGUUGGUAAUAUCGCACGACGAAGUCGUUUCUCACCCGUUCGCGGUAGCCGUGUUCAAAAACAACAUGUACUGGGACGACUGGAAGCGCAACGCUAUUUUUAGCGCGGACAAAGACGGCUUCCGCGGGGUGGAAGUCCUCCGGAAGAACCUCCCCGGCUUGAUGGACCUCAAGGUAUACGCGCACGGCAUCCAAAUCGGUGCCAACGCGUGCACGAAUACCUCGUGCCCCUAUAUUUGCGUGGGGAUGCCCGGCAAAGACCAGAAAGCUUGUAUAUGUCCAGACGGUAUGGGACUCAAUAACGGGAAAUGUGUGUGUCCUGGUCCUGUAGAGCCCCUGCUCAAUUUCACGUGUCCCCGAUAUGGCAACACGUGCAACGGGAACCAUUUCACGUGCAACAACGGUUUGUGCGUACCGCACGGAUGGACAUGCGACGGUGAAGAUGAUUGUGGUGACUCGUCGGAUGAGAGUCACUGUGGUAUUCAGACGUGUCCACCCAACUAUUUCGUGUGUGGGGACGGGAAGUGUUUACCUCAGUAUUGGCGUUGCGACUACGAUAAUGAUUGUUCGGAUGGGUCCGACGAGAGGGAUUGUCCGAGGAAGAACUGCACUGAAGGCCAGUUUACUUGCAACAAUGGUCGGUGUAUUGCGACGAAGUGGAGAUGCGACGGCGAGAACGACUGUAGAGAUGGGUCAGAUGAGCAGAAUUGUGACCGGCCGGAGGCGCCAUCUUGCAAACAUGAUGAGUUCGAGUGUAAAUCGGGCGGCGUUAGGUGUGUACCGUUGACGUGGCAAUGCGACGGCGAGAAGGAUUGUAGAGACGGCUCAGAUGAAAUGAAUUGCAAUAACAACACGUGUUUGGAUAUACAGUUUGCGUGCGGUGGACCUCAGAACAAGUGCAUUUACACCACGUGGGUGUGCGAUGGUGAUAAAGAUUGUCCCAAUGGUAGAGACGAGGCAAAUUGUACUACGACGCAACCCGAACAACCCGAUGACACGAAUCAAUUCAUGCCUAAGAACGGAACUUGCCAAAACUGGAUGUUCAAGUGCGCCAACGAUAAAUGCAUCCCCUAUUGGUGGAAAUGCGACGACUCGAACGACUGCGGCGACGGCAGCGACGAACUCGGCUGUCCCAAUCCAGACUCGGGCCUCACCACCAUCAAGCCCAUCACAAUGAACCCCUUGCCGGGCGGCACGUGCGGCAGCAACCAGUACCAAUGCGCCGGUGGUGGUUGUAUUUUCUCGUCGUGGGUUUGCGACGGAAUGGAAGACUGCAUCGGAGGAGAAGACGAGCGCGAAUGUUUGAACGUCGUUAAUUGCACGAAGGACCAGUUCAGGUGUCGCAGAGACGGCAGCUGCAUAUCGAAGAAACUCGUCUGCAAUCACCAGAAGGAUUGUCCGGACGGCACAGAUGAGCAAGAGUGCGAUAAGUAUCCGGCUAAUGGUCCGGCGACGCCUAGUUGUUCUAAGGGGUAUUUCCCGUGCGACGAAGACCGGUGUUAUCCUUUGGCGGCGCUGUGCGACGGAAAAGGCGAUUGCGUCGAUGGUUACGACGAACUCAACUGUACUAAGCAUUCGCGGGUGUACCAAGUUUUGCAGAUGGGGGUGGAUGAGAGGGGUAUUAAUGAGUCGAGUUUGCUUUUGUAUUGGUGGAUUGCGACGCCGUCGAAGGACCGGUUGGAGUUCAUGCCGUCGAUUAGUAAAGCCGGACGCGAGCAGUGGCGUAAUAUGUCGUGGAUGGAAGCAACAGAGUACAUGUUUAAGGGGUUGGAACCGGCGACUAGGUACAACAUGACGAUUUACGUUCGGAUACAGAAUACGACGAGGGUGUUCCUACCGGCCAAGUAUUUUACUGCCUAUACUGGAGAAGGCAUACCUUCGGGACCUUGGAAUGUAACAGCUGCCCAGCAGAAUGGGUCACACGUACUCUUAUCGUGGAACCCACCCACGCACCCUAACGGCCAAAUUGUCAACUACCAGAUCUGUUGGUACCCACCGCUUCCGCCAAUCAAGUUGAAGCUAACCGGAAAUGAAACCGCCCAUUUGUUACCGGCCUCCUUCAACCCGAACAACACGUACUCAUUUUAUGUGAUUGCCCACAACCGCAAGUACGAAAGCGAGCGGUCCGAAGUGACGACUCUCAAAUUCGAUGGCGAUCCCACCGUGAAUGGCAUCGAAAAAUUGCGAAUCGUCGAGAAAACGGAAAAAAGUGUAAAGUUGUCGUGGGAGUACGAUAAAACAGUUGAAGGUUUCAGGGUGGAGAUAACCCCCGACAAAGAUUAUCCGAGAAUACCGGGACGAAUCACGAAAGACAAGACAAUCACGAUCGACAACCUGGCAGCUGGUGCUAAGUACACUUUCGUUGUAAAUGCCUUCAAAAAAUGGUUUAUAGGACCUAAAAGCCACAUUACGGUAACCACCAAUGGAGUUACUUUACCAGAGGUGCCUUUAAUCGGAGGGGAAUUAAUUUCGGCAACCACCGUCAAUUUGAGGUGGUACGUACCGGAAUUUGGGAAGAAAGUAGCGUGGACUUAUGGAGUCUAUUAUGGUAUUGAGGAAGAGGAGCUGUACGAAAAGCCUAGAGUAAAUACCACCGGCUUCAGCGUCAACAUCUCUGGUUUGAAUGCCUGCGAGGACUACAGGUUUAGAGUCGGAGUCGUGGGACCGUCCGGGUUUGGUCCCUUAUCCAAAAUCCAAUUGGACAUUCGAACAACUUACAGCAAAAAGGCGCCACCCAAGGAACUAACGGUGGAAAGAGGAGAGGGCUCGUUACAAAUGGCGGUUCACUGGAAGAAGCCAUGCCUUCUGAACAGUGGUCUGCGAUCUUACAUUAUUCGCGUCCACGAGCGCACUUUGAACCAAACCUGGACCAUGAAAAUGGACGAGGACAAGUUUUCUCACGUCUUUAAUAUUAGCUACGGUGCCAUAUAUGACGUCAGUGUGGCCACUGACGACCCCGAUGCCAUAUUCACGUCGAACGUGACCUACUACGCCCCAGUGAUCCUACCACCCUUUGAAGUGAAAACUGUGAUUGAAAGCAACGGCACUUUCUUCUUGUAUUGGCAGGAACGUAACGUUCCGGAGGCUGUUGGCUCGUACCAGUACGAAGUGUUGGUGAGCGAAGGCAACUCGUUGAACGAGACGACAGCCGAGAAGUUCCUAGUGUCGAAACCGCCGUUCCGAUACACGAAUAGUUCCGCGCACAUGUACACGUUUGCGGUGCGCAUUUUGGCUGACAGCGGGUACAAGUCGGUACUGUCGGAGCAAGUGAGCAAAGCGUUGGAGUUGAAGGCGCCACAGCCGGCCAUCUCCGGUACUAGCUUGUGGUUGAUCCUCGUUCUGACGGUACUCGCGCUGUUGGUACUCGCUGCUUUAGGGGUGUUUAUUGUGAAGCACAGGCGGCUGCAGAAUAGCUUCACUAGGUUUGCUAAUUCGCAUUACGACACGAGGUCGGGGGCUGCUACUUUCGACGACAACGGGUUGGAGGAGGAAGAGAGCCCGCAGAUAACAGGGUUUUCGGACGACGAACCGCUAGUAAUAGCGUAGGUAUUUUCAAAGUAUUGCGAGAUCGAGAGACUUGGCAUGGGGGUGUGGUUGAUGUUACCAAAUAUUAAAAUUUUCGCCAUUACCACCGUGCGCCCUAAUAGUAUUUGUCCAUUAAUAUUAAUAAAUUUUUAAUCAUGUUGUGACUAUUCCAAAUUUAUUAUUGAACUAGUCUUAAAUUAACACUGAUAUUGUGCUGACGACCUGACCUUCGUGUUUACUUUUUGGGAAAUCGUUGCAAUUUAAUUGUGAAAAUUGUGGUUUUUAUACAUUUUGUACGUUAGGAUAAGUUAGAUCAAUUCCUGGUGUGUGAGAAUUUUGAAUUCGAAACGCACGUUAAUGUUUUAUUAGAGUUACUUUACUUUUAAGUCAAAUUUCUGUGAUACCUCUCAGUUAAGUUUUAAGAUUUUGUCAUAAAGGAAUUUGACUGUCAAUAUGUUUGUGCUUUUAUGUGUUGAAAUAAAUCUUUCAAAAUGA